AUGAUAAGAAGGAUAACAUACUCAGUACAACGUUGCAGCGCAUUGAAUUGGUCCGCUGCUAGUCGUUUAUCAACUCAAUAUCUUCAUAGACCGACAACAUCAAUCACAUUCUCAAAGCUUUACCAACAACAUCAGUUUGGUUUAAUGUCAUAUACCACUGCUCCAGUCAACUACAAUGUCAAUCAUGACUUCCUAAAGAAUGAUUAUGUUGAGAAGCAUCAAUUGGAACAGUUGAUCAAUGAUAACAGAGGAUUGGAAACAAAGGAUUAUGUGUUGGUAGAUGUCAGGAACGUCGCAGAGGUCGAGUCCACAGGUGUAAUCGAAUCAGCCAUGCAUAUUCCACUGGGGAUGUUACCAGCAGCAAUUGAGAUGAAUGAUGAUGACUUUAGUGAGACGUUCAAGGUUGACAAGUUUAAAAAGACUGAUCAUAUCAUAUUCUACUGCCUAAAGGGCAAGCGAUCAGAGAUGGCUGUUGACUUUGCCAGGGCAGCUGGAUACAAGAACUCGCUCAACUACCCUGGUUCAGCAGGAGAGUGGUUCAAUCUGCCA